AUGGGAGAUAUGACAUCUGAGCUAGAUGAAAUUCGGCAUGAAAGUCUCAGUAUUCAAGUGGAAGAGGUCUCGAUCAACGUGGCCCUAGCUCGUCGCGAUGGACCCUUGGAGCCGAUCGUAUUCCUACAUGGAUUCGGUGGCAGCAAGGAAGACUACCUUGAUAUAGCCCUGAGCAAAUCGUUCCGAGGCCGGGCCUUUAUCGCUUUCGAUGCACCCGGCUGUGGUCAAACGACUCUGGCCGACUACAGCAAACUUUCUAUUCCCUUCUUGGUCAAGACGGCACAAACAGUCCUCAAGCAGCUGGGAAUUCAGCGAUUUCACAUCGUGGGCCACUCAAUGGGAGGUCUCACCGCCCUCGAACUGGCAACUCUGAUGCCCGAAUCUGUCCUCAGCUUUGUCAACAUCAAGGGAAAUCUCGGACCGGAAGAUUGUUUUCUCAGCAGGCAGAUUUUUACUUGGGCAGAUGAGGAUCCGGAAAAGUUCCUCAGCGCAUUCAUCACACGCAACUACCAUUCACCUCUAUUUUCUGCGUCCCUGUACGCCUCAAACGUCCGGUCCAAAGUUCGAGCCGAGGCAGUCAGGGGUAUAUUCGAGUCCAUGGUACACCUGUCUGACGAGGGCAGGCUGUUGGAAAAAUUCCUAGCUCUGCCUUUUCCGUGCAUGUACAUGUUUGGCGAGCAGUACAACACACUUUCAUAUCUCCCGACGCUCGAAAAGGGCGGGGUGCAGCUUGCCGAGAUACCGCAUUGUGGGCACUUUCCAAUGUACUCGAACCCUGUCGCCAUGUGGACUUUCAUCUCUGAAAUCACGUCAGCCAAGGUGGCAUGA